CGCCCUUUGCAGCGGGUGGUGGAGGGGCAUUUAGCGGAGGCGGGAGCGGGGGAUCUCUCUCAGGACACCACAGACAGCCACCAUGUCAACCCGAAAGAAGAUGAUUAAGACCAAGAAGCGUGCUAUGCGAGCAACCUCCAAUGUAUUUGCUAUGUUUGAUCAGUCGCAGAUUCAGGAAUUUAAGGAGGCCUUUAACAUGAUUGAUCAAAACCGUGAUGGUUUUAUUGACAAAGAAGACUUGCACGACAUGUUGGCUUCACUUGGAAAGAACCCAACUGAUGACUAUUUAGAGUCAAUGAUGAAUGAAGCCCCAGGCCCCAUCAACUUCACAAUGUUCUUGACAAUGUUUGGUGAAAAAUUGAAUGGUACAGACCCAGAGGAUGUAAUCAGAAAUGCAUUUGCUUGCUUUGAUGAAGAAGGAACAGGCUAUAUCCAGGAAGACUACCUAAGAGAGCUGCUGACGACAAUGGGAGACCGGUUUACCGAGGAGGAAGUGGAUGAACUUUUCCGGGAAGCGCCAAUUAAUCAGCAGAAUAAUUUCGACUAUAAUGAGUUUACUCGUAUACUCAAACAUGGUGCAAGGGACAAAGAUGAUUAAUGGAAUGCCAGCUAUACAAAAAAAAUCCCUUUUGUUCACUCUUAUUUUAAAAUUUCUACCGAAUAGAACAUCUUUGCAUGCCUCGGCUCUAAAAUAACCAUUGUUUUUCAUUAUUUAUUUUUUUCUGUCAUGUUGGCACAUUUUGCACACAUUUGAACUGUAUGAAAAAGCAGUGUAUAGUGUCUGGCAAGGAAUGAAAUAAGUAUGGAAAUGGAUUGCUUGAUAAAACGCCUUCAAUUCCUUUUAUAAGUAAAACAAACUUGUUUUUAAGUUAAAAGGAUUGCUAGUAUUAUCUUACUGAUGCAACUACUAAUGUGGGGGGUGGGGGGAAGAGAGCACAGAUUCCAGACUCCAAUAAUCUACUCUGAAUCGGCAUAUCUGGUUUGGGUCCCAUUUUUAAAAAAAUACAAAUGAAAAAUUUUUAAUAUGCAAAUUAACUUCAAUUAGUGAAGGUGUGUGCUAUAAAAGAAAUUUUUGUGCAAUGACAUUUGAUGAUGACACUGUUAACACACAAUUUGAGUCCCAAGACAAGCUAAUAUUUGAAUUUGCUUGUCUUCAUCGUUAGUUCUCUGAACUGCUCUAUCCGUUUUUUUGAGUAUUGGGAGUGACAGGUGAUCAGAAUGUGCUUUGGCAGUGUUUCUGGAUGAAAUUAAAGAGAGCAUUUAGAAUAUGGAUUUGAGAAGAGUAGCCAAGUUUCUUGAAGGUUCUUCAAGGAUUUCAAAAACAGCUCAAAAGAACGUUCAUGUUUUUAAUGUUCAGAUUUGAUCCUGUGAGACUUGAGUUCUGUGUUUUUUUUAAAAUUCUGUCUAAACUGAGCACCAAAGUGUCCCAAGUAACUUUCUGCAGACUGGUAUGCAGACUUUUUCUGGCUUAUUUUUGAUCAUGUUUCAUUGUGAACACCCUUCUUAUUAAAAGCUUGACUUGAAGUCGAGAAUAAAAGAA